AUGCCUCGCAAGCGCAGCUUCUUUACCUCGAAUCCAUACCUCUCCCAAGCAAGUGACGAAUCCAAAGACCCGUCGUCUUCUUCUGCCGCAGCGGCCGACACAACCCCGACCAAGCGCAAACCCGCCCGCACCGCAACCACCAAGAACUCGCUCCGGCGCGUCGCCAUCAUUGCCCAGCAGCCCAAGCGCAGCAGUCCGAGCAGCCAAGCCAUCACUCCCUCCGCCGCCGCCCCCGCCACAGGCGACCCCUCCACCGUCGUCAGCGCCGUCUGCAUCGCCGAGGGCUUCCACAUGCCGACGGUCCUCGAGAUCCUCUCCUCGCACGGCUUCUCGAUCGACCCCGACGGCACCGGCUUCGACGCCAACGAGGUCGUCCACGCGCGCGCCGUCAACGGCGGCGACAUCUUCGUCUUCCCCUCGGGCACGCUCGUGACGUGGUCCCUCCCGCCCGACGUCGUCGCGCGGCAGCUCCUGCGCGCCACCGAGGACCUGCACCCCCCGAACCUCCGCGAGGCCGAGGACCUCGACUUCACGACCGACCCGAGCCGCGAGGCCAGCGUCCUCAAGGGCGACCUCGUCGUGCUCGGCACGCGCCGCGAGCACGCGGCCGACGGCGGCGGCGACCGCCUCGACACCACGCUCGCCCAGAUUGCCUUUUCCUCGGGCCUCGCGCGCAGCACCAAGCUCGCCGUGCUCGAGACGGCCCUCACCUCGUACUUUGAGAGCACGCGCGCCAUCCCCGCGCUCCUCUCCCGCGGCGCCGGCGUCCCCCUCUCCCGCCGCUUCAUCCUCCAGAAGACGGGCGAGCUCCUCAGCCUCCGCGCCCGCCUCAACCACUACUCGGAGCUCACCGACGCCCUCCCCGACAUCUUCUGGGACAGCCGCUCCGAGCUCGGCCUCGAGGGCUACUACGAGCAGGUCGGCCGCGCCCUCGACGUCAACGUCCGCAUCCGCGCCCUCAACCAGAAGAUGGACUAUGCAAACGAGAUUGCCACGGUCCUCCGCGAGAUGUCGAGCGAGCAGCACGGCACCAGGCUCGAGUGGAUCAUCAUUGCGCUCAUUGCCGUCGAGGUCAUCUUUGAGGUCCGCAGGAUCGUCCUCGAGAAGAUGCUGGAAAGGGAGGAGGAGCGCAAGGCGCAAGCGGUCGUGGCGUGA